UUUUCCAUUUUUUUUCCGUACCGCGAGCAAACGCUCGAGCAAAUUUUAACAACGCGCAAUUUUAUAUCACAAUCUCGACGAAACGCAACGUUUUUCUGAUUAACGACAAUCGAGUUGGAUGCCUGAGAAGAAUGUGUCUUUUAGAGUUUGGCUAACCUGGAGCGUCCCUUUUUGUUUGUUUACAGUGGACUCGCGUCUAAUUUCGCGUCGAUGGCGAUUAGUAUGUAUUAUGUAUCCGAAGUUUCGAAGCAUGCAUAAAAGAGACGAUGAAUGACAACACCAAGAAAAAUUACAAGAAAGGACAAACUUGAACACGUGUUGAAGAUUCUAAAAGAGUCACAACGUUGAAGUGAAAAAGUUACGUUCGCAAACACUAUCUUUGAUUGACUAAAAGAGUCAAUUAGAAUCUCCAGAGUAUUUUCAGUCCAAAACGUGCAAUCACACUAGUCUCAGAUAUGUUAGCAUCUGGAAAACUCACGCUGAUGUCUAAGAAGCCCCGAGAACAAUGCUCGAAAGUCGCACCUAGAAAGCCAGUAAAGGGUUGUUAUUGUCGUUUCGGGGUGAACGAGACGCACGCAAGAUCGUCGAGAACUCGACACAAAUCCGUGUCGCCCUGCCGUCAUUGCCGAGACGAGCUCGAGCUGAAACCCAACGGAGAGACUGGUGACAAGGCAGCAAGACUGACUUCGCCGAUCAGCUGCGAGACGCUCAGGAGAGUUCAGAAAAUCGACUACGCGCCCAGAUCUCAAUUUCUUCGCAAUGUACAGAGCAAGAUCUGCGAGUUACGGGCCGCGGAUCAGGGAGACUGUUUGCGGGCAUGUCCGCGAUCGUCCAGUUACCACCGAUUCAUGACGAGCGCGAGGACGCGGGAUACCGACAAGAAAACGGCAUUGCCGGGUGAACGCAAGCGCGUCGACGAGAGGCGGGAAUCUCCGACAUCCCCGACGGCGCCCGCAAAUUCACUGGCGAGCGAACAAAACGGGUUCGACGACGUCGCCUGCGCUUCGAGCAAAAGAACUCAAGUGUCUCCGCGAAAGUUGUCAAAGUCAACAUUACGAAAGACUAUCAGAUCCAGGAGGCAGAUACCGGAGUCGAGCGAAAUACCCGCGUCGAAAUCGCCGGUGCGAGGUAAAAGAGCAGCGCAGUUGCGCAAGCAAGAUUGUCCUUGUUGCUGCAGAAGCGAACUGGAGAGGAAGACUGCGAAACUUCGCGGUGAUAAGCGUGCAGAAAGACGCGAUUUACCGGAAUACUGCGAACGACGAGAACGAUGUUUGAGGCACGACGAUAGUCCCGAAGUUGAGGAUUCCAUGGAUGAGGAAAUGGAGAAUCUGAGAAGGUAUCGAGAGCAAAAUUAUUUUGAGACGCAUGGCUCGAGCAACACCUUGACGUCAUCUCGAUCCUCGGGAUCGUUGCAGCAGUAUCUGCUGAAUGAGCGAUUGUUCCCGGAGCCGAUAGGCAGGAUUCACAAGCAAGACUUGGUGGUGACGGUGCCGCCGUGCGCGACGACGCAGAGGAAGCGCGUCCAUUACUUUCCCAGAUACGUAGUGCGGCAAGAGAAGAGUGCCUGCAAUACCAGUUAUAGGCGUAAACGAUGCCAGAGCUGUCCUCUCACCGGGCACGCCGUUGAUCUCGGAAUCCUGAAAGCUAGACCGCCGCUAGAUAGCCUGGCGCUCAAGUACCAGAAAAGAGCUCUUUGAUGAAACCGAAGUGAUAUAUGAUGUCUUCAAACUUUGAUUUUUAUCAUAGGACUCUAGGGCUUUGGGAUACAGAACAAG